AUGGAGACGGUUACUGCAUCGCUCGAGAUGCUCCGAAGCUUCGCCCUUCGCACUCCUGCUUCUUCCACUCGAUCAACGCCAUUUCCCUUCCAGUGUUCCACAGUCAGUCCUCGUUGCCGCCGCACAACAACUGAAAGCAAAAUGUUGAGGACUGCGUUCCUGAAUCGUGGUGUUGACUUCCGCGCCAACUCUCGAAGAACUGAUUUAAUGGAGAGGAAUUUUGAAGGCGAUAACUACAUUCCAGUUUACGUGAUGUUACCUCUGGGAGUCAUCAAUGAGCGGGGUGAAUUGGUUGAUUAUACAAGUCUCGAAAAUCAGCUAUUUCAACUUAAGAGAAUGGGGGUUGAUGGCGUUAUGGUUGAUUGCUGGUGGGGAUUAGUGGAAGGACGUAGUCCUCAACAAUAUAACUGGAGGGCCUACAACGAACUUUUUCAACUUGUGCGAAACACGGGCCUCAAGCUGCAGGUGGUCCUGUCCUUCCAUGAAUGUGGAGGAAAUGUUGGCGAUGAUGUGAAUAUUCCCCUUCCAGAAUGGGUGUCACAAAUUGGCAAUGCGAAUCAUGAUAUUUUCUUCACAGAUAGAGAUGGAAGACGGAAUCACGAAUGUCUUACCUGGGGAAUUGACACGGAGCGUGUUUUGAUGAACCGGACGGCCAUUGAGGUUUAUUUCGAUUUCAUGAGGAGCUUUCGUGUGGAGUUUGAUGAGUAUUUAGCAAAUGGUACCAUAACCGCGGUUGAAAUUGGACUCGGCCCCUGCGGCGAACUACGAUAUCCAUCUUAUCCCUCGAAAUAUGGCUGGAAAUAUCCUGGUAUUGGGGAAUUUCAGUGUCAUGACAGGUACUUGAUGAUGAGUUUGAAAGAAGCAGCAGAAGAAAGGGGUCACUCAUUUUGGGGAGUGCCUCCUGCAAAUGCAGGUGACUAUAAUUCUUACCCAUAUGAAACCUCCUUCUUUGGCGAUGGCGGCCAGUAUGAUAGCUCUUACGGCCGAUUCUUCCUCGACUGGUACUCGCAAACUCUUAUUGAUCAUGGCGAUAGAGUACUAUCCUUCGCAAAGCUAGUAUUUGAUUGUACACCAAUUGCUGCCAAGGUAUCCGGCAUUCACUGGUGGUAUAAGACAGCUAACCACGCCGCAGAGUUAACUGCAGGGCUCUAUAAUCCUAGCAAUCGCAACGGCUACACUGCAAUUGUGGAGAUGCUAAAAAAGCAUGGGGCUAUUUUAAACUUCACAUGUGCUGAACUACGAACUCAGGAUCAGGCCAACGAAUGCCCACAGGCAUUAUCCGAUCCCGAGGGAUUAGUUUGGCAGGUGUUGAAUACUGCUUGGGAGAAGGGCGUAAAUGUCGCGUGUGAAAAUGCUCUGUGGUGCUUCAGCAAAGAACGCUACGAGAAAAUCCUACAAAAUGCGAGGCCUGCCAACGACCCGGAUCGAAGAAAAAUCUAUAGCUUUACCUAUCUGAGACUCUGCCCACAAUUGCUGGAGAAUCACAAUUCCGAGGACUUUUGUGACUUUGUGAAAAGAAUGCACGGUUAACUCUGAUCAUCCAUAUAAUGGCUUCAAGUCGUGAACAUUUGUCAAUCACCGACUGAUGAAACAAG